AUGGCUACGAUUGUCGGGGAUAGUUUGGCUUACAAACCACCCGCAUCCCAUUGUUCACGUCCCAGUCCUGUGUCUAGCACCGGUCAAACUAUGCCCAUACCAUGUGAUACAUCCAGUCCCACCGAUACAUCUCUGAUGUACGAAAUCAGUUUUAAACGGAAAAAAACGGAACUUAGUCUGACCCCAAAUGUAUCCGUCGCAUGCGCAUUACCACAUUCGUCCUCAUUGAACACUUCGAGUCAUAGUGAUGAGAACACGAGCAUGGAUCUGGAUGACACAGAGAACAACGAGACCAAAUUGUCGUGCAAUCGUGAAGAUCAGUCAGAGGUCUUGGAUCUGACCGUGACUGUCGGAACAUCGAAUGCGAACGAGAAAGACUCACCGAGUAAUAGCUGCCUCACAUCCCAUUCACUUGAGCAUCAGUCCCCGAUUGGAACAUCGUCAUCAUCAUCAUCUUUGCAAACCGUGACUUGUGCGAACGCAUUAGAAGGCUAUCCCCUAUUUUCCAACUCAUUAGUCCCCCUGAACCCAGUCACUGCUAUCGCAUCGUGUCCGUUACAAACAUCCACCCAGAUAUCAAUUCCUGCCACACGGGACAUAACAUCUGCUGCGUCACCCUCGGUUGGAUUAUUACAACAGUCGGUGAUGCAUCCGCUUGGAAUGUUCGGUCCAAACGCAUUUGGAGGCUAUGUGAUGGAAGUAGUCUAUUUAUUUGAUCGUAUUGAGGUCGAUGAAAAGUUAGAACAUAAACGUCUCGGUUUUCAAAGCGAAUACUCUCUUAUCCUUAUCCCAUCCUCGGAAAAAUCCAUCUUAGACUAA